AUGACAGCAGCACCGGAGGAUCAUGCGAGGGGUUCCUGGGGAAACAAGGCCCAGUUCUUGCUGUCUUGUUUUGGCUACGCAGCCAGCCUUGGCACCGUCUGGAGGUUUCCUUAUCUCUGCUACAGGAAUGGAGGAGCCACUUUCCUGAUUCCCUACUUGAUCAUGAUGUUGGUGCUUGGCCUACCAAUAGUGUUCCUGGAGAUGGCCCUCGGUCAGUUCGCCUCAGAAGGGCCGAUCACGGUGUGGAAGGUCAGCCCCGCUUUCCAGGGUAUCGGGGUUGCUAUGGUGAUCACCAUGUCUAUCCUUGUCAUCUACUACAACGUGGUCGUCAUGUACGGCAUCUACUACAUGUUUGUCAGCUUCGUCAACCUUGACGACACUGUACCCUGGGGGUCGUGUGGCAAUCCCUGGAACACCAAUUCCUGUAGGUCGGAGCCAUUCCCUUCACUAACGUUGAUGGAUGAGGCAAACAGAACAACGACUUUGUUUGUGUUGUACAAACAACCGUGUGUAGAGAGCCUCCUGAGCAACAUCUCUGACGUCUACAACUCCACCUUCAACAGCACCGACGACCUCCACUCCACCAUGAUCCAGAACGACAUCACCAAGACAUGCCUUAUCAAAUACAGCACAGCAAGUGAAGAGUACUGGGAACGCUAUGUUCUUCGUCUCCAUGAAUCCGAUGGGUUUGAGGGUUUGGGAGGGUUCAGUCUGAAGAACACCUUGUGUCUAUUCUUUACUUGGCUUCUUCUUUUCAUCGGUCUCAAGAAAGGAAUCAAAUCAUCUGGCAAGGCCGUGUACUUCACCGCCACCUUCCCCUACGUCAUCAUGCUGGUGCUGCUGGUGCGGGGCCUGACGUUGCCAGGAUACGAGAAGGGCAUCGCUUUUUACAUGACACCGAAGGUCCACAGGCUGACAGAGGCCAACGUAUGGGGAGAUGCAGCCACUCAGGUAUUUUUCUCGUUGAGUGCAGGAUAUGGCGGUGUGGUGACCGUGUCGAGCUACAACAAGUUCAACAACAACUGUGAGCUAGAUGCUGUUAUAGUUGCUCUUGUCAACUGUGUGAGCAGUAUUCUGUCUGGCUUCACCAUCUUCUCCAUUCUGGGCUACAUGGCUCACAUCACCAACCAGGACAUCGAGAGCGUGGUACAUCAAGGCCCCGGUCUAGCUUUCAUUGCUUAUCCAGAAGGCAUUGCUGAGAUACCACAGCCUGCUUUGUGGGCCUUCCUGUUCUUCUUCAUGUUUUGUACACUUGGAAUAAAUGGCCAGUUUACACAAGUGCAGACUGUGUUGAGCGGCAUCAGUGACAUCUUCCCACGUUUCCUGAGACCCCACAAAACUGCCUUCACAGCCUUCUGUUGUCUCCUUGGCUUCCUCCUGGGCUUGUCCAUGGUUACAAAGGGCGGUAUCUAUAUACUGACACUGAUGGACUGGUACUGUAGCAGCUAUAACCUGAUGCUGGUCGCUCUGGCGGAGAUCAUCUGCCUCAUGUAUGUCUAUGGUAUGCACGAACUAGGUGAAUUUGUAGUCUCCAGGGCUCACUUGCACAAAACGAUCACAGUACAAGGUUAUGAAAGUUACGACUAUCGUGAAGCUGAGAUCUUUUUGUGCAAGAGGGCGCAGCUAAGCCACUUGGAGAAUCGACCUGGGCCAUAA